UUGUACUAACGUAGCCUCAAAAUUCGAAGUAACCUUCCCUCCUUUUCUGAUCGAAAUGUUCGUGAUACGAUAGUAAGAUUCAUUUAUGCCUUUCCAGCAAUUUUCCUAGUGAUUUUUUUAGAGAAAACGUAGUUUAUUAAUGAUUAAUAAUGACGAACGUUACGAGUGAGGAUAAUUCCGCUACAUUCGAUCCAAUAUCUGGUUCGUCCACGAUGGAAACGUGUACAGCAGGACCUCUUGUUUUGUAUUCAACUGCACAAGCGUGGGCAGCUCAAUUUCAUCGCAGCCUUACGCGUACCAGGAUAUCUGAGUCGUCCGACGAAGAAGAUUUUUCUCAAUAUCAGUUUGAGGAUGAUCUUGAGUACCUUAGGUCGUUGGAUCCGAAGGCGUGGAAAGAUCAAGAUCAUUAUGCGGUGUUAGGCUUGAAAAAGCUCAGACACAAAGCGACCGAAGAUCUUAUAAAAAGGGCUUAUAAGCAAAAAAUUCUCAAACAUCAUCCCGAUAAACGUAAGGCACUGGGAGAGGAAAUCCGGCCAGACGACGAUUAUUUUACCUGCAUAACACGGGCUUGGGAAACUCUGGGCAACCCUGCAAAGAGGCGAAGUUACGACAGCGUAGAUCCGUAUUUUAAUGACGAUUUACCGGACGAGAAAGACUGUAAAAAUAACUUUUACCUGGUGAUGGGUAAAGCAUUUAAGGAAAAUGCUAGGUGGUCGGUAAAAAAGCCGGUGCCACGCUUAGGCGGACCGGACACGCCUAGACAUAAAGUGGAAAAGUUUUACUCGUUCUGGUACGAUUUCGAUUCAUGGCGCGAAUACUCUUACUUGGACGAAGAAGACAAAGAAAAUGGAAAGGAUCGAGAUAUGCGCAAGUGGAUCGAGAAAAGGAACAAAGCUGCACGUGCAAAGCGGAAGAAGGAAGAAAUGGCGCGCAUACGUGCAUUGGUCGAUAUGGGUUACAAUAUGGAUCCUAGAAUAAAGAAAUUUCAACAGGAGGACAAGGAUAAGAAGACAGCGGCAAAAAAGGCGAAGCAAGAAGCUGCGAAAGCGCGACAACAAGAAGAGGAGAGAAUAGCUAGAGACGCUGCAGAGAAGGAGAGAGUUGAAAAAGAAAAGCGUGAUAUCGAAGAGAAGGCAAAAUUAGAUGCGCUCAAGCAAGAAAAGGAAGCGCAGAAGAAAGCCCUUCGUAAAGAAAGAAAAGCGCUGAGAGAUUUUUGUAAAGCCAACAAUUAUUUUGCAGAAAAUUCAGCUGAAAAUAUUAGACACAUGGAGAGUAUAGAGAAAAUUUGCGAGCUUUUCAAGCUUGUUCAACUGGAGGAAGCCAUGAGGAAGUUACAAGCCGAGGGUAGGUCAGCAUUUCUUUCUCUCGUGGAAGAAACUGAAAAGAAGAUCGAAGCUGAGCGUAGGGCUGCCGUUUCAUCCAGCGAUACGCGAAAUACUCCGGAAAAGCAAGUAAAAUCUUAUACAGCUCCAUGGAACGAAAGCGAUUUACAGCUUUUGAUCAAAGCUGUAAACCUGUUCCCAGCUGGUACGAAUCAACGCUGGGAAGUGGUUGCCAACUUUAUUAAUCAGCAUAGUAGUUCGUCCAGUCGUGUAACGCGCGAUGCAAAGGAAGUUCUUGCUAAAGCCAAAGAUUUGCAAUCGACCGACUUCAGCAAGUCUAGUUUAAAGGAGCAAGCAAACAAGAAAGCUUUCGAUAAUUUCAUCGCUGAAAAGAAAGCCAAGGAGUCGGUCGAGGAUCGAAUGCCAGCUGUUACAGAACGUUUGGAUCAUCCUAUUUCGAACGGUGUCGCUGGUGACCAAAAGGACAUCAAGAAGGAGUCUCAACCAUGGACCCCAGCGGAACAGAAAUUACUGGAACAGGCAUUGAAAACUUAUCCUACUAGCGUGCCCGAUAGAUGGGAUCAGAUAGCAGCCUGUAUACCAACUAGAACGAAAAAAGAAUGUAUGAAGAGGUAUAAGGAACUGGUUGAACUGGUUAAGGCAAAAAAGGCGGCACAAGUGAUGAAAUAAUAGUUUGUUUUUAAAGCGAACAUUCUUUUUAACUUAUUGAAUUCCGAUACAAACAACCUCAUGAAUCAAAUUCCGGUAGAGGAGCAAGAUGGAUUCAUUGAAGUUUGAAAAAGCGGAUUUUGAUUUUAGUUUCAUCGAAUGUCGGCUGUUGUAUUAUACCUGUGCCUUGUUUUAGCUUGUACGUGCACAGUUUGCAACGGUUCUAGGAAUCAUCAUGCCAUUUGCACGCAACAGAACGAUCGCGCUGCACUUAGUGAUUGUCCAUUUAAUCACAAUGGUUAAAUCUGCAUGCAAAAAAAAAAAAAAAAUCGUAU